AUGGCGCCCAAAGUUGCGAAGAAUGAGUCCUUCCUGGCAAAGCAGGAGCGCCUCAAGAAGAAGCAAGAGGAGGAAGAGACCUUCCAAGCCACGGCCGAGGAUAUCGAGAGGGAAAUGGCCGAAGAGAUCAAUGCCCAAGCGGAGAAGAGUAAAUUCAAGACUCCUGCCUGGGUGAAUAUCACCGCAGCUCUCGUGGGUGUCCUGCAGCUGGGUUAUAGGAUCGAACAGGAGCGAGAGAGACGCAAGGACGACUACUUUGCCAACCCUCGGCCCGAGAUCUAUACCUUCGUGGCCUCCAUGUCCUUCGAGGUCGGCAUCGCAUUUCUCAUUGUCCUCAACUGUAUCAUUCUGGGAUGGCAAGUAUCGCUCCCAGAGGAAAAUGAUCAGGCAGUUUUCUUUGACGUUACUGAGCACAUCUUCGUGGGCCUCUUCCUGUUUGAGUGGAGCCUGCGUGUGAUGGCCUUCGGAUGGGUCUGGAUUUUCGAGUUUUCCAACAUGGCCGACACUGUGAUGGUGUUUGUUUUCGGUGUGAUUCCCAAGUGGGUCCUAGACCCUCUGGGUAUAGAAGCGGGAUUCAUUAGAAUCUUCACAGUCCUGCGGGCCCUGCGUCUUGCCCGUCUGGCACGCGCUGUGCGCAUGCGGCCGGCUUUCAAGGAGUUGUGGAUCUUGAUCCACGGCCUUACUACAUCCUUCCGGCCUCUGUUUUGGACCCUCUUGAUUGCCAUGAUCGUGGUCUACCUGGGUGGCCUUGCUGCUGCAGAACUGAUUGGCAAAGAUUCGCGACUGCAAGAAAUCCCAAGAGUCCAAGACUACUUUGGCGACCUGCUGAAGUCCAUGUACACCAUGAUUCAGCUCCUCACGCUGGAUACAUGGACAGAUGACAUCGCCCGGUGGGUCAUCGAUUCCAGGUUCAACGCGAGUCAGGGCUUGCCCGAGGAAGGCGUCUUCUACUACUGCCUCUUCUUUGUGGGUUUCAUCGGCAUCGGUGUUUUUGUCUUCUGGAAUCUGAUUACGGCCAUUAUUGUCGAAACUGCCUUCGCUAUUUCUGACUCCGAUGCCAAUUCACAGGCUCGUGAGAUGGAGAUGGAGAAGAAGGCUGAAUUG